AGUGCUGAUCGCUCGUGCCGGUCCGGCCGUUAACCGUCCUUGCGGGAAACCAGGGGCUAGAGAACAGCCCCCUCCCCUUGCUAGGUUUCCUCUCUCUUCCCUCCCGGUCGCCCCCGGGGCAUGAGCAGCAAUGGCCGGCUGCAGCCCUGAGGAGAAAACUUACCGGCGCUUCCUGGAGCUAUUCCUGGGCGAGUUUCGCGGGCCGUGUGGCGGCGGCGAGCCGGAGCCAGAACCUGAACCCGAGUCAGAGCCUGAGCCCGAGCCCGAACUGGUAGCGGCUGAGGCGAGCGAGGUUUUGGUCGAAGAACCUGGUGAGGAGGUGGCGACUCUGGCCGCGACUGAAGAAGGGGAGCAGGAGCCCGAGCAAGACCCGGAGACCGAGGAGGAGGUGGUGGAGGAGGAGGCGGCGGCGGCGGCGGCGGCGGCGGAGGGCGACGAGGAGGAGGCGGUGGCCGCCCCGGGGCAGUCGGCCGUGCAGCCGCCGCCGCCGCCGCCGCAACCCCAGCUGCCGCCGCUUCCUCCGCUCCCGCGGCCCCUGUCGGAGCGCAUCACCCGCGAGGAGGUGGAGGGCGAGAGCCUGGACCUGUGCCUGCAGCAGCUCUACAAAUAUAAUUGCCCUUCCUUUCUGGCUGCUGCUUUAGCCAGAGCCACGUCAGAUGAAGUCCUUCAGAGUGAUCUUUCUGCACAUUAUAUACCAAAGGAGACGGAUGGCGCAGAAGGCACCGUGGAGAUUGAGACAGUGAAAUUGGCCCGUUCUGUCUUCAGCAAACUACACGAGAUUUGCUGCAGCUGGGUGAAAGACUUCCCUCUCCGCAGGAGACCCCAGCUCUAUUAUGAGACAUCAAUUCAUGCCAUCAAAAACAUGCGCAGGAAAAUGGAGGACAAACAUGUCUGCAUCCCUGACUUUAAUAUGCUCUUCAACCUAGAGGACCAGGAAGAACAAGCUUAUUUUGCAGUGUUUGAUGGCCAUGGUGGAGUGGAUGCUGCUAUCUAUGCCUCCAUUCACCUCCACGUUAACUUAGUCCGUCAGGAGAUGUUCCCCCAUGAUCCUGCUGAGGCCUUGUGCCGGGCCUUCCGGGUCACAGAUGAGCGGUUUGUGCAGAAAGCAGCCAGGGAGAGUUUAAGAUGUGGGACCACAGGAGUGGUGACUUUUAUCAGAGGCAACAUGCUGCAUGUAGCCUGGGUAGGGGAUUCCCAGGUGAUGCUUGUGAGAAAGGGCCAAGCUGUUGAAUUAAUGAAGCCACAUAAACCAGAUAGAGAGGAUGAAAAGCAGCGGAUUGAGGCCCUUGGAGGUUGUGUAGUCUGGUUUGGUGCCUGGAGGGUGAAUGGAAGUCUGUCCGUCUCCAGAGCUAUUGGAGAUGCCGAACAUAAGCCAUAUAUCUGUGGGGAGGCAGACUCUGCAUCUACUGUUCUGGAUGGGACUGAAGACUACCUCAUUCUGGCCUGUGAUGGCUUCUAUGACACCGUGAACCCAGACGAGGCGGUGAAAGUUGUGUCUGACCACUUGAAGGAGAACAAUGGAGACAGCAGCAUGGUUGCCCAUAAAUUAGUGGCAUCAGCUCGUGAUGCUGGGUCAAGUGAUAAUAUCACUGUUAUUGUGGUAUUCCUGAGGGACAUGAACAAAGCUGUAAAUGUUAGUGAGGAAUCAGAUUGGACAGAGAACUCUUUUCAAGGAGGGCAAGAAGAUGGUGGGGGUGAUAAGGAGAAUCAUGGAGAGUGCACACGCCCUUGGCCUCAGCACCAGUGCUCAGCACCAGCCGAUCUAGGCUAUGAUGGGCGCGUGGACUCUUUCACCGAUAGAACUAGCCUGAGCCCAGGGUCCCAAAUCAACGUGCUGGAAGACCCAGGCUACCUAGAUCUCACACAGAUAGAAGCAAGCAAACCUCACGGUGCCCAGUUUUUGCCACUAAUUGAGAUGUUUGGUCCUGGUGCACCAAAGAAACCAAAUCUUAUUAAUGAGCUAAUGAUGGAGAAAAUACCAGUCCAAUCAUCAUUGCCUGAAUGGAGUGGUGCUGGAGAGUUUCCUGCUUCUUUUAAUUUGGGCUCAACAGGGCAGCAGAUACACAGAAGGGAGAGCUCAUCUCCCGUCUGGUCUAGGUUUGAAAACGAACAGCUCAAAUCCCUGGGAAAGAGAGUUUCUAGAUUGUCUUACUUACUGCACCCUUACUCAAAGCAGCAACAUGGAUUCAGGUUUAAUGCCAAGUUUUAUUCCUUUCUCUCUGCUUGGGAGCUUUCCCACAAAACAGGCACUAGCCUGUCCUCACUUAUCCGAAGUGGGCAGAGAAAUAGGAUGUUAAGAAGUUCUCUGCCAUGGAGGCAAAAUAGUUGGAAAGGAAACAGUGAGAACCUGCUGAAACUCAGGAAGAGCAUUCCUAGUCCAGGCUCAGCUCUUCCCUGGAGAUAUAACAUAGAAUACUUUUUUCUUUAAUAUAGGCUAGCUAGCUCCCAAUAAAACCACCACCAUCAGAGUAGAAACAAGGUAGACAUUUCUGAAACAUACGUACUUCAUUAUGAAUCAUGAAUGGCUCCAUUCUUACAUGUAAAUAGAUCUUUAGGGAACUCAAAGUACAGUGUUUUCAAUCUAAAGAAAAGUAUUGGCGAUUCUACUACCAAAAUUAUCCUACACAAGAGGUCCCUGUGAUGUGUACCCACACCUACCUACAACGCACCCCCGUCUACUACACCCUUUCCUUCUCGUCACUAGUGGAUGCUUGUGAUUCAGCUUAUUUCAGUCAGGAUAUAGUGUUGAAAUUCCAACACAGUUGAAAUCUGGUCUGAUGUGCCUAAUGUAUUUACAGAAAACUUAAUGCAGAAUUACAUUUAGUUAGGAAAUGUUCCCCAAAGCCUGGGGCAGUGAAGGAACUCCUCCUCCACCCUUUUUUGGGUAGGUAAAAGACUAAAAGCCAUAAAGGUUUUAACUAGUAACAAUGGAAGUUAGAAAACUAGUUUGUUUUUUUUAAAACAAUGUCAGAAUCUGACUUGUGA